AUGACGGCGGCGGCGGGGCUUGCCUCCGGGCCAGAUCCACUAUUUCGGAGGCCAGAUCCAGGCAUAGACGAGCGGCAGCACCACCCUGCUAAGCCGGCAAGAAGGUGCCGCGGCAGACCCGACCCCAAGCCUCCGCUGCGUGGUGCUCAUCCGCCGCCUCGCCGCGGACCAGAUCUCCGCUGUCUCGCCGUGGACCAGAUCUCCGCCGACCCGCGUCGAGCCCUGCCUCUCCACCCCCCUGCUCGCGGUGCGGCGCGCGGCGGCGACGCGCGACCGCGGCCUGCGGAGCCGAGCGCGGGGGCGGGGCAGAGGAACGCAGCCGCCGUGGUGGCGUGCAACUUUGGCCGCCAAGGCUGCACGCGGCGGCGCGGUGCGGCCGCGACCGGCGGAGUGGCAUGGGGCGUCGGAGCUGCGCUGCAGAUCCGCACGUGGCCGGCAAGCUCCAGGCCAACCGAGCUCUGCGGACGCAGAUCCGCAGGAGGCCGGCGAGCUCGCACACGACGGAGGAGGGCGACACACGCGGUGGUGCGUGGAGGAGGAGGACACGCGCAGCGGCGGAUCCUGACGUCACCCGCGGCGGACGCCGACGCCAACGCCAAGACCGCCAUCGCCGAUAAGCCGGAGCUGUUCCUGGACCUCGUGCGGAUCCUCCGGGACGUCACGUCGCCGGUGGCCAUCCGGUGCAUGGCCGCGGCGGUGCAGAUCCGUGGCCGCCUGGCGCGAGCGUCGAUGGUGCGGGCCGGGCCAUCCCCGCACUGGCGCUGGGCGUGGAUCGAUCAGUCAAUCGAUGAGCCUAGCAGGGCGGCGGCCGAUCUGGUUGUCCUCCUCGGCUUCCACCAUGUGCUACUAGCGACCUGCAGGUGCUCUCCGUUUGCUUGGCCAUCGGUUGGUGCUCUCCAUUUGCUUUCAUAGUUGAUUUGCUUUCUAAAUCAACUAUAGCUUAUCAGGAAAGCUGCAGUAUCAUAAAGGUCUUGUCUGAAUCCAGAGAUUGAUAUCUCCUGCUAGAAUUCUCUUUUUCUCGAACUCUCCUGCUAGAAAUCUCUUUUGCUCGAACUCCUGCUAGAAUUCUCAUCAGAGAGAUUGACAUCUCUGCUAGAAUUCUCAUCACAACUUUAUUUGUUGAAACAAAUUGUAGUGCCUAGUUCUAGCAUGUAGUCUGUUGUCUCCAAGAUAAUCCAUAAGAGAUGCAUUGUCUGUAAGGAGGAGAAAUAGCAGGAGUUGGAGUUGCAUAUUGUUGAUCUUGAGAGCAGAGUUGAGGCUUUGUUCAGGACAUUGAUCCAAAGCAUAGUUUAUGUUCUGAAUACUCUUAGAUUGUAGAUAGAUCAUAGAUAAACUAACUCUGACCCUGCAAUUAGUACCCACCUUUUAGAGGAGUUGCUGACCACAAAAACAUUUCUUUUUGUGUGUAUAUGAUAGGAAGUGUUCAGAAAUUAAAGUUUAUCAAAUGAGAAUCAAUUUAUUUUAUUCAUUCCUGUUGUUGCAUCCAAUGUACUUAUGGUUCCAAAGAGACAUAUUUGGAACAUCUGAAUUACAUCCCAAUCUUUUUCUCCUUGGGAAAAGGAUUCGGCCAUGUUUCCACCACUGAAGCAAGUUGAGUAAAUGCAGCAAAAAUAGUCCAACAUUCAUACUGAAGAUGCUACUACUGCCACUUACAUUUUGUUGUUCAUAUUUCCAUCGGUUGGUGCUCUCCAUUUGUCUGGUAAUGUAUAUAGGACUGUCGGUUGGAGAGUCAGGACUAAUAGCUAGUCUGUUCGGAGGGUUCUUGGUAAUUUUGUUUAUGCGAGUUCUUAGUAAUUUGGGUGAUGAGCAAAGCUCCGCGCAGCAGCCUUUUUAGUUUUUGAUGUGUUAAGUUUUUUCUUUGGUACUGGAUCAAUCAUGUAGGUACCAUCCCUUCCCCUGCGCUUCUCCAUUUCCAUGUUGUUGUAGAUAAAUCAUGUAUUUUGGGUACUGGAUGGUAUCGGGUAAUAUCUUUUAAACAGAGAUUUACACAA